AUGGCGCGGACAACACUCACUGUGUCCCUGCUGCCGCCGCCUCUGUUGCUGUGGCUGCUGCUUUUCCUGGGUCUUGGAGGCGUCUCGUGCUUCAACUGUUAUGGAGCAAACAUAACAAUUACUGGACAAUGGAGUCAAGCGGUGAUCCAGAACAUUAACCCUACAGACAGUAGUAAGUUCUCUACAACGGUGUACGUGGAUCCCGGGCACGACUUCAAAGGAAUCAGUCUUCGGAUAAAAAACGAUUAUCAGCAAGAUACUGCCUGGUUUGACUUUGACGACUCUUGCAUCAGGAAUGAGUUUAGGCAUGACAAUUACUGGCAUGAGAUCAACGCAACGGUCCAGAAAAUCAACCUUCAAAAAAAAAUCCUUGUCUUCGAGGUUCACGCCGGGAUGUGUAUCAUGUUGUGUAAGAGGGACCUGCGCUUCGAGGGCAUUUGGUUUCUUGAUGUGGUGGCUUAUGGCCCUUCCAAGUGGAGGCUCACCCCCCCGCCGGCCCGCUGCAGCAACGUUCACAAGACAAGGGAUCCUAGACAGUCUACUAUGGACGAAUGCACAGAUCCACCAAGCCUUCCCACCGCCCCCACCACAACCCCCAGAACCACCACCACCACCACCGAGACCACUCAUACAAACGAAGGAAGCACCUCGCGUACCCCUCCCCCAAGGUCCUCUGAGUGUGCCGAGGCUGGCGAAGCGACACUCCAGAAGAUCGCGGCUGGGGGUGUGGUGAUGUCGCUGGUGUUGGCGGUGGCGGCGGUGGUGAUGACGAUGUUAGUGGUGAAGGAUAUAAAUACGAACGCCGGCCUCAUACGAGGCCAUGUGGUGGUCCCGGCCGGCCGCUUCAACUAGCCAGCCAGACAGCCGCGCCGCGGAAGAACUGCGGCACCUUUGGGCCGCCACAGCAACGCUGCCGCCGCCGCUGUGUGCCGCAAGACUUCCUUGGCACAAACUGUGUGUUGCAGCCUUCCACUGCAAGCACGUCAUCAGGGGAAGGACAGAACGUGUAUUCAAGGAGGGACGCUGCAGUGUCAUAGCUUUUGACGCUUUUACGUAAAUAAGCAAAAGGAACUUAGUGGCCUCCAGUGCCUUAAAACUUCAACUUCUUCAGCUGCCAGCCUGACACAACCCUCCAUCCUGUCCUCACCAAUAUACAACUGAUACAUUUAUCCCUUUAAUAUAGUAUAUAUAUAUAUAUAUAUAUAUAUAUAUAUAUAUAUAUAUAUAUAUAUAUAUAUAUAUAUAUAUAUAUAUAUAUAUAUAUAUAUGUACUUUGUUAAACUUUCUUUCUGCUGCCAUAUAUGAAGCAUUAACGAAAGAAAGUAAAUAGUUAAUAAUCCUUUUGUGUUGCAUGUACACAGUGAUUCGACUCACUUGGCUGAAAAACGUUCGGCCGUGGCAUGGUGAGUCCAGUGUGUCCACGUCACGUUUGGCAGAGCUCGCCGAGAUUGGCGUGGGGGAGUGAGCUGCCGGCCGGAACGCACGGUGUAACAUAUUUAGCCAGCCAUGUCGACCCCUGCGUGUUACCAGUGGGGAGGUGACGGCAGGCCGCAGGAUGCACCCAGAGGCGGGAAGCGGGUUCACGCCGUGUGUUCUAACCUAUGAGCCGGCAGUCCUUUAGUAUAUAUUUAAAACUGCUCAAAGAUGUAUCUGCCAUAUACUGCUUUCAUAUGCUUAUCCCUUCAGUUUUAUGAAUCUGGACAGGAUAACUUUCAAAACUGCUUAUUAAGAGAGAGGCAAAAAAAAUAUAUCAUGCCAAAUCACACAAUGUAGUAAAUUGAUGUUGGAAUUCCUUAUUUUUUUAUUUCCUAAUCAGCCCGGCUGUGUGUUUGCUGGGAAUGAUUUCACUGUUUGGUAUUGGAACAAAAUAUAUAUUUCAGUUGUAACUGC